AUGAAGCAACAUAGACCCGUCGUGCGCGUUGUGCCAAACGAGCUCUCCUUUAACACUGCACAGUCCUGGAAAGAUAUCUACGGGGUACGCAAAGGCCGUCCGACGUUCAUCAAAAGCGAUUUCUACGAUGGAGGGAAUUUCGCCGAUCAGGCAAGCCCCAUAGUGAGCGAGAGGGAUUUAGCCAAGCACAGCGAGAUGCGCAAAUUCCUCGCCACCGCAUUCUCGGAUCGAUCCCUACGUGAGCAGGAGAGUCUAAUCACUAAGGUGAUCGAUCGAUUCAUCGAUCAGGUCGGUCGACGCGGAGUCUCGAAGGAGGAGAUCGAUAUGACGAUGUGGAGUAAUCUACUCACAUUCGAUAUAAAGGAGAACUGGACUAUUGUGUCCACGAACCCUUUGGCAGCCAGCCUUGGCGCGACGAACUUCGACAGUCCUUGGACGUUUAGCCCGGAGCGCUGGCUUGGGGCCAAUAAUCUUGAUCAGCUCGAGGCCAGUCAGCCCUUCUCACUGGGGCCAAGGUUUUGUUUGGGACGGGGACUCGCCUGGCUAGAGUUGCGUUUGACUCUGGCAAAGCUACACUAUCAGUACGACAUGGAAUUGGUAGACGAGGAUGUGGACUGGCAUCACGACGUAGCUAUGCACUUGCUAUGGGAUAAGCCCAAGCUCAUGAUGCGUGUGGUCCUCAGGGAUGACUAG